AUGAGUUGUCCAUCAAAUACUCCAAUAAUAAGCACAUCACUUACUUGUGUCAGCACUUGUGAUUCUUCAGCUUAAUAAUUGCAAUCUCCUUUAUUAAUAAAUUGCUUGAGNAUCUCAAAAGAUUGUAACUUUUUAUUUGAUAUUUUCAUCAUUUCUUUUUGUAUCUCGUAGUGUACUAACAAUAAUUACGAUAAUAAGUUAUUCAUAGAUUCACACUUUAUGUUCUUAAUUCUUUACAGAACAAGAUGCAGAUGUUUUAGCUCUUAAUUAUUGUUUAGUGAUGGCAUCAUUUCUAUUUCUGGAUGCACUAUUCACCAUGAUUUGCAUUGUAUAAGGAUCUAAUAAUAGAGAAAACCAGUAAAGUAAUUAAUAAAUACAUUUUAGUUUCUAAUGA